AUGGCUGAGGUCGAGCUGACUGCUGACGGCCUCGUUGGCCUCGACUACAGCCCCAGGGCCUACCUCUCGCACUCAUGGCCGGACGAGACUGCAACGACUUCUGCUGCUGCUGCUGCGACAUCCAGUGCAACGGCGACCACAACGGCCUACGAUGCUGCUGCUUCUGCUGACCCGGGGCUCAUGGCGGAGUGGCACUUCCAACGCCUCCAGCCUCACCUCCAGUUCCACCAGCACCAGCACCACCAGCACCAGCAUCAUCAGCAUCAGCACCACCAGAGUCAACCGGACUACUCAUAUACCACCAUGCCGCUGCAGUCGCCCAUCGGCCUGCCCAUGCUGCCCGUCACGGAGACGGAGGUGCAUCACCAGCACCAGCAGCAUCAUCACAUGGACGCCACCACCGCGGGCAUGCUGGAUGGCUCUUCCUACCUCCCGCUCUCCACGCCCGUAGACCUGGUCCCCUUCACCACCUGGCACGAGUUCCAGGCUGAGCUCGGGGCGUUCCCCAUGGACGGCACCACUGCCACUACCACGGCUGCCAUGAGUGCUGCCGCCGCCGCUGCUGCUUCUGUCUACGAGGCCGGCAGCUCGCCCGUCGACAGCUACCUCGAGGUCCGCUCCCUCACCAGCGCCAGCAGCGACAACGGAUGGACGGCCAUAGACAGAGCUCACUCCAUAGAGUCGUCUCCCUUCCAGGACCACCACCACGGACACCAUCACCACCACCAGCAGCACCAUCCCAUCUUCAUCAACCCCAGCCAGACACUGCACAACCGCAGCCUGUCAGAGUCCUCCUUCUCAGACCACCACUCCCUCCACUCACGGAACUCGUUUGGCUCCUUUGUCGAUGUCUCGCUUUCCCCACUCAUGCACUCGCCUGGCUCAGAGUCCGCUCUCGACUUCGACUACGGCCUUCCCCUGCCGCGUCGUGUCUCCUGCGACCUGGUCUCCCACGGCUCCAUCUCGCCCACCGCGGUCAGCCCCAUCGCCAUGGUCAGGCCGAUGCCGGUACUCACAAAGAAGCAGUCCGCCUCUUCGCCUACACGGUCACCCAAGGCCUCGUCCACUGCUUCUUCUUCUUCUGGCUCUGGUGCUGGUUCACAUGUGUCUGCUGCGGGAUCGCCGCCGAGCAGAAAACCAUCGCGGAAGAGUCCGAUCGCGGCGAAGAACGCAGAGACCAAGGUUCGCAAGCAGAGCACCGGUGGUAAGGACGGCAGUGGCAACGGCGAGAAGAAGAUCGGUAAGCGGAAGGGCCCGCUCCGGCCUGACCAGCGGAAACAGGCUAGCGAGAUCCGCAAACUCAGAGCCUGUCUCCGCUGCAAGUUCCUCAAGAAGACGUGCGACAAAGGAGAGCCGUGUACGGGCUGCCAGCCUUCGCACGCCCGUCUCUGGCAGGUUCCAUGCACCCGCAUCGACAUCAAAGAGAUCGGCUACUUCAUGAAAGACUGGAAGGCCGACUACGAGCGUCAUGUGACUCUGGGUUUCUCCGUCGGCAACAUCACCGGCUUCUCCGACCAGGAACGCACCCUCUUCAUCACCCACGGCUACGGCCAGGUCCUCCCCGUCAAGGCUAGAGAGGUUUAUGUUCAUGAUGAAGAGUGCUUCAACCUCGACUGGGUCGAGACCAUGAACCGUCCCGCCACCCACUUCGACCUCAAGACCGCCAAGCUCUCCGCCGGCAUGGAAGGCAUCUCCACCGCCAUGCUCUCGGACUACCUCGACCGCCACAUCGACGGCAACGGCAGCUACGAAGGCUUUGUCGACGAGUACUUCGCCGGCACCCCCUUCCUCACCCAGAUGCUCAAGACUGCCUACCGCUUCUACUUCCGCACCAAGCUGCCCGUCAUCCGAAAGGCCCUCAAGCUCACCCUCGCCUACAACCUCACCAUGCACGUCACCAUGGUCGAGGGUCUAGGCGAACUCGAGGAAGAGGCCUUCUCCGGCAAAGUCGACGACUGCGACAGCCAGUACAACGGCAAGGUCAUGGCUCCCGUCAUGAUCAACUUCCAGGUCAAGUGUGCCAUGGCAAACAUGUGGCGCGAGCUCCAGAAGGACGUCCUCGAGGAGCUGUCCGCCCUCUACUCCAGCGUCUACAGCGGCGAGAAACUCAAGAACUGGCCCAUCAUCUUCAUGCUCGCUACCAUCCUGCUAGCCGUAUGGGAAGAAAUGCAGUUCGACUGCCACUACCGCGUCCAGGACCCCGUCGCCGUGACCAAGUUCUGCAACGACAUGGAGUCCAUCCCCGUCGGCGUCAUCGUCGGUCUCUUCCAGGCAAUCUCGCAGAAGCUCCCCGCCUUCACCGAUUGGGACACCGCCCAGCACCAACAGAUCUUCAACUUCAACUCUGACGUCUGUGCUGCCAUGACCGAAGUACGUGGCCACGUACGACAGUACGAGACCUACCUGCGCGGACGAGGCGAGAAUUCCAUCUUUGACCGAGAAGACUUCGACUGCCUUUCCAACAAGUUCGUCAGUCGUUUGGUCAUAAGGGCCAAUUGA